UUAUUAUUUAAUAUAUAUAGAACUGUGCUUCCAUGAGAGACAAGAACUGAACUCUUAUCCUUUUUUCUGUAAAUAAUUCAUUCUCUUCUUCAGUGUAAUUUCUGAAACUAGAAUCUGUAUCUUCUUUUAACUUCCUUGAGAAUCCCUAUAUCUUCUUUUCAGCUUUUUCAUCUCACUUCUUUAAACACAACCCUUUAAAGUCACCUAACACCUUUGCAAUUUGCUCUUAUUUUUAUUUUAGAUUCAAAAUAACAGCCGACCUCCAUGGAUGAUUAUAAUUGCAAGAGAAGUGGGCAGAUUCCAGCAUUUGGAGACUGGGAUCAUGCAAAUGAACUGCCCAUAACUCAGUACUUUGAAUCUGCUCGAGAAGCUGGUUUGAUUCGUUUCAGCUCUUCAACAGCAAAACCCAAACCUUAUCUUACUGAUGAUUUGAAAACCAAACAUCCUCGUGAUCAUGUUCCAGUUAGAAAGCAGGUAAGUAGAGUGAGAGAAAAGAGAGAAGGCAGCGGCGGAGGAGGACCGCUCGUUACGGAGGAAAAGAAGGCAGGGAGAGUUGGUGGCGUGACUGACCCGCCAAGGAAACUCCACUAUCAAUAUCAUCAUCGACAUCCCCACCACCAUGUGCCUAACAAUAUUAAUGAUUGCAGUAAGCAGCAUGGAAACGAUGUCGUUCCUCAUAAAAGAUUGCCUGUUGAUGAAGAUCUCUACAAAAUUACCCCUGAAAUCCUCCAUUCUUCCAAGCCUCGAUUGGCUCUGAAUACCACCUGUUACGAACAAGGCCGUUGGCUGGACAAGGUGUUCGAUAAGUAAUUGAUCGUUGCUAAGGGAAAUGAGAAACCUGGACUAAGUUGGGCAGAGUUAGAUUCGAAAUUGGCUGAGGACAGUUCGAUUCGGGAUUGCGACCCACUAACCAACAAAGAGUUAGGAACCGACAAUAUUAAGGGAUAGUUAACAAUCGGAUUGACGCCACAAACAGUGUUGAUAAGUCAACUCGAAUUUGUAAAAGAAAGAAGAGUGAAAACUCUUUAAUAAUCUCACUUAGAUAAAAAUUCAUUAACCUCAAAAUGUCCUAUUACAAAGCCUUAUAUAGGCACACAAAAUGACCAUUCGGUUUUGGAAUCUAAUUGGUCACACUAGACAUAAAUCUGUUCACACACAACAUUAAAUUAGGUGCACG